AUGCUCUUGAUAAGGCCUCUUCUUCUUCCAGAAGCUGCUGCUGAUGAAGCUUCAUCUUCAUCCGAGGAUGCUCUUGACAAGGCUUCUUCUUCUUCCGAAGCUGCUGCUGAUGAAGCAUCUUCUUCAUCUGAGGAUGCUCUUGAUAAGGCCUCUUCUUCUUCCGAAGCUGCUGCUGAUGAAGCUUCAUCUUCAUCUGAGGAUGCUCUUGAUAAGGCUUCUUCUUCUUCCGAAGCUGCUGCUGAUGAAGCAUCUUCUUCAUCUGAGGAUGCUCUUGAUAAGGCCUCUUCUUCUUCCGAAGCUGCUGCUGAUGAAGCAUCUUCUUCAUCUGAGGAUGCACUUGAUAAGGCCUCGUCUUCUUCCGAAGCUGCUGCUGAUGAAGCUUCAUCUUCAUCUGAGGAUGCACUUGACAAGGCCUCGUCUUCUUCCGAAGCUGCUGCUGAUGAAGCUUCAUCUUCAUCUGAGGAUGCUCUUGACAAGGCCUCUUCUUCAUCUGAGGCUGCUGCUGAUGAAGCUUCAUCUUCAUCUGAGGAUGCACUUGAUAAGGCCUCUUCUUCGUCUGAAGCUGCUGCUGAUGAAGCUUCAUCUUCAUCUGAGGAUGCUCUUGAUAAGGCCUCUUCUUCUUCCGAAGCUGCUGCUGAUGAAGCUUCAUCUUCAUCUGAGGAUGCUCUUGAUAAGGCCUCUUCUUCUUCCGAAGCUGCUGCUGAUGAAGCUUCAUCUUCAUCUGAGAAUGCUCUUGAUAAGGCCUCUUCUUCUUCCGAAGCUGCUGCUGAUGAAGCUUCAUCUUCAUCUGAAAAUGCACUUGACAAGGCCUCUUCUUCUUCCGAAGCUGCUGCUGAUGAAGCAUCUUCUUCAUCCGAGGAUGCUCUUGAUAAGGCCUCUUCUUCUUCCGAAGCUGCUGCUGAUGAAGCUUCAUCUUCAUCUGAGGAUGCUCUUGAUAAGGCUUCUUCUUCUUCCGAAGCUGCUGCUGAUGAAGCAUCUUCUUCAUCUGAGGAUGCACUUGAUAAGGCCUCUUCUUCUUCCGAAGCAGCUGCUGAUGAAGCUUCAUCUUCAUCUGAGGAUGCUCUUGAUAAAGGCUUCUUCUUCUUCGAAGCUGCUGCUGAUGAAGCUUCAUCUUCAUCUGAGGAUGCUCUUGAUAAGGCCUCGUCUUCUUCCGAAGCUGCUGCUGAUGAAGCUUCAUCUUCAUCUGAGGAUGCUCUUGACAAGGCCUCUUCUUCAUCCGAAGCUGCUGCUGAUGAAGCUUCAUCUUCAUCUGAGGAUGCUCUUGAUAAGGCCUCUUCUUCUUCCGAAGCUGCUGCUGAUGAAGCUUCAUCUUCAUCUGAGGAUGCUCUUGAUAAGGCCUCUUCUUCUUCCGAAGCUGCUGCUGAUGAAGCAUCUUCUUCAUCUGAGGAUGCUCUUGAUAAGGCCUCGUCUUCUUCCGAAGCUGCUGCUGAUGAAGCUUCAUCUUCAUCUGAGGAUGCUCUUGAUAAGGCCUCUUCUUCUUCCGAAGCUGCUGCUGAUGAAGCUUCAUCUUCAUCUGAGGAUGCUCUUGAUAAGGCCUCGUCUUCAUCCGAAGCUGCUGCUGAUGAAGCAUCUUCUUCAUCCGAGGAUGCUCUUGAUAAGGCCUCUUCUUCGUCUGAAGCUGCUGCUGAUGAAGCAUCUUCUUCAUCUGAAAAUGCUCUUGAUAAGGCUUCUUCUUCUUCCGAAGCUGCUGCUGAUGAAGCAUCUUCUUCAUCUGAGGAUGCACUUGAUAAGGCCUCUUCUUCUUCCGAAGCUGCUGCUGAUGAAGCUUCAUCUUCAUCCGAGGAUGCUCUUGAUAAGGCCUCUUCUUCGUCUGAAGCUGCUGCUGAUGAAGCAUCUUCUUCAUCUGAGGAUGCUCUUGAUAAGGCCUCUUCUUCGUCUGAAGCUGCUGCUGAUGAAGCUUCAUCUUCAUCUGAAAAUGCACUUGACAAGGCCUCGUCUUCUUCCGAAGCUGCUGCUGAUGAAGCUUCAUCUUCAUCUGAGGAUGCUCUUGAUAAGGCCUCUUCUUCUUCCGAAGCUGCUGCUGAUGAAGCUUCAUCUUCAUCUGAGGAUGCUCUUGACAAGGCCUCGUCUUCUUCCGAAGCAGCUGCUGAUGAAGCUUCAUCUUCAUCUGAAAAUGCUCUUGACAAGGCCUCUUCUUCUUCCGAAGCUGCUGCUGAUGAAGCAUCUUCUUCAUCUGAGGAUGCUCUUGAUAAGGCCUCUUCUUCUUCCGAAGCAGCUGCUGAUGAAGCUUCAUCUUCAUCUGAGGAUGCUCUUGAUAAGGCUUCUUCUUCUUCCGAAGCUGCUGCUGAUGAAGCUUCAUCUUCAUCUGAGGAUGCUCUUGAUAAGGCCUCUUCUUCUUCCGAAGCUGCUGCUGAUGAAGCUUCAUCUUCAUCUGAGGAUGCUCUUGAUAAGGCCUCUUCUUCUUCCGAAGCUGCUGCUGAUGAAGCUUCAUCUUCAUCUGAGGAUGCUCUUGAUAAGGCCUCUUCUUCUUCCGAAGCUGCUGCUGAUGAAGCUUCAUCUUCAUCUGAGGAUGCUCUUGACAAGGCCUCGUCUUCUUCCGAAGCUGCUGCUGAUGAAGCUUCAUCUUCAUCUGAGGAUGCACUUGACAAGGCCUCUUCUUCUUCCGAAGCUGCUGCUGAUGAAGCAUCUUCUUCAUCUGAGGAUGCUCUUGAUAAGGCCUCUUCUUCUUCCGAAGCAGCUGCUGAUGAAGCUUCAUCUUCAUCUGAGGAUGCUCUUGAUAAGGCUUCUUCUUCUUCCGAAGCUGCUGCUGAUGAAGCUUCAUCUUCAUCUGAGGAUGCUCUUGAUAAGGCCUCUUCUUCUUCCGAAGCUGCUGCUGAUGAAGCUUCAUCUUCAUCUGAAAAUGCUCUUGAUAAGGCCUCUUCUUCUUCCGAAGCUGCUGCUGAUGAAGCAUCUUCUUCAUCUGAGGAUGCACUUGACAAGGCCUCGUCUUCUUCCGAAGCUGCUGCUGAUGAAGCUUCAUCUUCAUCUGAGGAUGCACUUGACAAGGCCUCGUCUUCUUCCGAAGCUGCUGCUGAUGAAGCUUCAUCUUCAUCUGAGGAUGCUCUUGAUAAGGCCUCUUCUUCUUCCGAAGCUGCUGCUGAUGAAGCUUCAUCUUCAUCUGAAAAUGCUCUUGAUAAGGCCUCUUCUUCUUCCGAAGCUGCUGCUGAUGAAGCAUCUUCUUCAUCUGAGGAUGCACUUGAUAAGGCCUCUUCUUCUUCCGAAGCUGCUGCUGAUGAAGCAUCAUCUUCAUCUGAAAAUGCUCUUGAUAAGGCCUCUUCUUCUUCCGAAGCUGCUGCUGAUGAAGCUUCAUCUUCAUCCGAGGAUGCUCUUGACAAGGCUUCUUCUUCUUCCGAAGCUGCUGCUGAUGAAGCAUCUUCUUCAUCUGAGGAUGCUCUUGAUAAGGCCUCUUCUUCUUCCGAAGCUGCUGCUGAUGAAGCUUCAUCUUCAUCUGAGGAUGCUCUUGAUAAGGCUUCUUCUUCUUCCGAAGCUGCUGCUGAUGAAGCAUCUUCUUCAUCUGAGGAUGCUCUUGAUAAGGCCUCUUCUUCUUCCGAAGCUGCUGCUGAUGAAGCAUCUUCUUCAUCUGAGGAUGCACUUGAUAAGGCCUCGUCUUCUUCCGAAGCUGCUGCUGAUGAAGCUUCAUCUUCAUCUGAGGAUGCACUUGACAAGGCCUCGUCUUCUUCCGAAGCUGCUGCUGAUGAAGCUUCAUCUUCAUCUGAGGAUGCUCUUGACAAGGCCUCUUCUUCAUCUGAGGCUGCUGCUGAUGAAGCUUCAUCUUCAUCUGAGGAUGCACUUGAUAAGGCCUCUUCUUCGUCUGAAGCUGCUGCUGAUGAAGCUUCAUCUUCAUCUGAGGAUGCUCUUGAUAAGGCCUCUUCUUCUUCCGAAGCUGCUGCUGAUGAAGCUUCAUCUUCAUCUGAGGAUGCUCUUGAUAAGGCCUCUUCUUCUUCCGAAGCUGCUGCUGAUGAAGCUUCAUCUUCAUCUGAGAAUGCUCUUGAUAAGGCCUCUUCUUCUUCCGAAGCUGCUGCUGAUGAAGCAUCUUCUUCAUCUGAGGAUGCUCUUGAUAAGGCCUCUUCUUCUUCCGAAGCUGCUGCUGAUGAAGCUUCAUCUUCAUCUGAGGAUGCUCUUGAUAAGGCUUCUUCUUCUUCCGAAGCUGCUGCUGAUGAAGCUUCAUCUUCAUCUGAAAAUGCACUUGACAAGGCCUCUUCUUCUUCCGAAGCUGCUGCUGAUGAAGCUUCAUCUUCAUCUGAGGAUGCUCUUGAUAAGGCCUCUUCUUCUUCCGAAGCUGCUGCUGAUGAAGCUUCAUCUUCAUCUGAGGAUGCUCUUGAUAAGGCCUCUUCUUCUUCCGAAGCUGCUGCUGAUGAAGCUUCAUCUUCAUCUGAGGAUGCUCUUGAUAAGGCCUCUUCUUCUUCCGAAGCUGCUGCUGAUGAAGCUUCAUCUUCAUCUGAGGAUGCUCUUGACAAGGCCUCGUCUUCUUCCGAAGCUGCUGCUGAUGAAGCUUCAUCUUCAUCUGAGGAUGCACUUGACAAGGCCUCUUCUUCUUCCGAAGCUGCUGCUGAUGAAGCUUCAUCUUCAUCUGAGGAUGCUCUUGAUAAGGCCUCUUCUUCUUCCGAAGCUGCUGCUGAUGAAGCUUCAUCUUCAUCUGAGGAUGCUCUUGAUAAGGCCUCUUCUUCUUCCGAAGCUGCUGCUGAUGAAGCUUCAUCUUCAUCUGAGGAUGCUCUUGAUAAGGCCUCUUCUUCUUCCAGAAGCUGCUGCUGA